AUGGUUAUUGGAAUCCAACUCAAAUUUAACAUUUUAAAAUCCAGACUUAAAUAUCAUGACAUUUUAAUUUUAUUUGCACAUCCUGUUGGUAGUUGCACUAAUUCUUAUGGAAAAACAAAAUACUUCAUUGAAGAAAUGAUCAAGGAUCUCUGCUAUGCAGAAAAGGAUUGGAAUGCAGUUCUACUUCGAUACUUCAAUCCUAUUGGGGCACAUGAGUCAGGAAAAAUAGGUGAAGAUCCCCAGGGUAUUCCCAACAAUCUGAUGCCAUAUAUUUCACAGGUUGCUAUUGGGCGUCGGCAGUACCUGAAUAUUUUUGGCGAUGACUAUGAGACAUGUGAUGGGACAGGUGUCAGGGAUUACAUUCAUGUUGUGGAUCUUGCAAAAGGACACAUUGCUGCAUUGAAGAAGCUGAAAGAAAGAUGCAGCUGCAAGGUAUAUAAUCUUGGUACUGGAACAGGUUACUCUGUUUUACAAAUGGUAAAAGCAAUGGAGAAGGCUUCUGGGAGAGAGAUUAAAUACCAAGUUGUUCAGAGGAGAGAAGGAGACAUUGCUUCCUGUUAUGCUAAUCCAGCUCUUGCAGAGAAGGAACUUGGAUGGAAGGCACAUUAUGGGAUUGACAAAAUGUGUCAAGAUUUGUGGAACUGGCAAUCCCAGAAUCCUUAUGGCUUCAGCAAGAAUGAAGCAUCGAAUGCACCAUCUAACAGUUGAUUUGUCUAUGUUAGAAAAAGAACUUAAUUCUUUUUAAAAUGUUUUAGUAGUCAAAGCUGUAGAUUCCUAUAUCUUUAUCUUUUAGCUGUUCUGGUGGAGGACAGUAUAAAUUUAAACUGCAUCUGUACAGCAGAUUCAAAUAUCUACUUUUGAAAUUGAAAAUCAAGGCUGGUUGAAACUCAAACUGAUCAAGUUAUUGACUUCUUUCACCAAGACUUGUUGAUUGAAGUUUGAACUAUCUAGAUUUCUGUGACCAGAUCUUUGGUCUUGUAACUCUAGUCAUUUCUAUAUAAUUUAAAAAGUGUAUUUAUAUUAUAUAUACACACACAACCCACAGGCUGGAUACAGCCCUGGUGCAUUUGAAGUUUUUGUACUUUAGAGUAAUGGCUUAGAAAUAAAUAACCCUGUUUUGAUAA